AUGCUGCGUCUGUGGCGAACCGACCACGAAGCGUUGUCAGGCGUCUGGAAGCACCACAAGAAGGUCUGCGGACUGAAUGCUUACUCUUUCCGCUACCCGCCUCUGUCGCCUGAGGAGGUGGACCUCCUUCGCUCAAAUGCUCACAAAGUCAUCGACCUGAGCAAGUACAAGGACAAUCCUUCAAUCGCGAUGCUCCCAGAGAAGGUGAUGACUGCCGAAACGUACGUUGAGACGUUGUCGUUUGGGAAGAAGGGCGAUUUCGAGCAUGUCUUGCAGCGUCUGCAGAAACCGGGGUCGGUCAAAGACUUGUUCUACACUAUCGGGCUGGCCGCCGCCCGCGCCGCUUUGUCCGCCGUCGAUGCGUUCAGAAGGAGCGGCGCCGUCGGCUUGACGGAUGGGACUGUCUGGUCGCACAUCAGCGUCAUCUGCGGAAAGGCAUCCGCGCGCGCUCAGUCGAUAGAGGCUCGAACGUCCUCGUAUCACUUCGGCAAGAAGUUGCCGCACGCGCUGUGCACACUCUUCGCUCUUCUGACAGCCCGUCAAGAACAGGAACAGGGCUGCGACGCCGUUCCUCCUGCGUGGCUUCACCAAGCCCUGGAGACGGUCGUGGAGUGCUACGCGGACAUUCAGCCUUUCUCGAGCGAGUCCGAAGCAGUGGCCGCCUUGGGUAGUCUCGCCGCUUUGACCAUGCCUAUCCAGCAGGUCCGCCUGGUCGGCGUCAAGGAUCGUCAAACGGGCAAGAUCUCGGUCAAAUGCGUCGGCUGA